AUGCUAACAAGCCUCAAUAAAACGACAGCACUGGUUUCAGUGCUUCUCCUGCUUACUGCCUUUAUUACUGAAACUCACUCUAGUGGAUCAUGUCGAAAUCCCGAUGGAGCACCUAUAUGUUGCACUGGAAGAACUAAUUGCGAAGGCUUAUCUCGUGUUACUCAUGUUUAUUAUACUUACACAAAUCGUGGAUACAAAUUAAAAAACCCUAGAAAACCGCUUAUUCAAAAAGCAAAGUGCUUCUGUGACGAAUACUGCGUUCGAACUAAUGACUGCUGUCCUGAUUACCGAGAAGUGUGCUCAAAGCCGAGUAGGUUUAUAUUCUUAACAGCUAACCGCAUCGACUUGUUAGAAAUAAAUUGUGAAGUGAGUGGCUGGAGCCGUUGGUCCUCAUGUAGCAGAUUAUGCGGAAAGGGGAAUCAGACAAGAACUAGGAUUGUUGUUAAAGAAUCCCAAAAUGGUGGUGAACAAUGUCCAAUCCUGAUGGAAUCUAGGGCUUGCACGGGGUACAUGUGCAACAGAAGAAGGGUUGGAAGGUCUGACUACAAUGCCUACCGUAAUAUGGAGCUUUCUUCAGAGGUUGCAAAUUUGUUGCCUGUCGAUGGCGAUAUGGAGGAAAAGAUUAAACAGUUUGAUAUGAGGUGGGAUAUUCGUCGAAAACUCUACUACGGACGUCUAAUUCAACAGAAUAAGACUGAUAUUCCAGACCCAGAGCCAUAUUGUGUUCAUUACGAAAUAAUAAAAUCAAAUGAGGCAUGCAAAGCCAUCAGUACACCUCCAGAACACCGGCAAAGUAGAUUAUGGGGCAAACUUGGAAGUUUCUUCGAUCGCAACUAUGAUACCGAUCAUCCUUGGUUGUCAACUGUGCUUCUGCGACCUGGUCAACAAAUUUGUGCCACCUGUUAUCCCAAAUACAUGCGUCCAGAAUUAGGCAACCAUUGUCCAGGGACUGGUUAUCCCGGAAUGACAUCCCGCUGGAGGGCCUUGAAUACUUUUGACUGUCAAGGAAUCUUCCGCAUGAUUAGCGUACCUCAGCGGGCCUGCACAUGUAGACGACAACCCAACUCCUUCAUUCUCACUUGA